AAUCACAUGGAUAGAGGUGGGAUGAGCGGCAAAUCGCGUGGAUCAUGAUGGCGGUGGUGCGCAUGGAUCGGGAUGGCGGCGACUCACAUGUCUAGGGACGAGGUGUGGGCUGGUGGCGUCGAUCGAUCUGGGCGGUGGCUGUGGCAAGAAGAUGUGGGGCCAGGGUGAUCGGGCAAUCAAGCUACUGCUUGCGGCAAUCGUGCUCCUGGACGGCGGCGGACGGCAGGGCAUGGGAUGGCAGCAGACGGCGGACCAUGGGGCGACGGCGGCGGACGUACGGCUGCGGGCCAAUCUAUGAAGGUGGGAGUAUGAAGGCGAGAGUUUGGAGAAAAGAGUAGGAGCUUAAGGAUUUAUAGAUUUGAUGUAAAGGCCCGUUUCUCCUUGCUGAUACCGUCUUCUCUUUCCUGGUCAAAUUCACACCGCUCGCAGAGAGAAAUUCAAGCGAAAAGAAACAAUGAAGAAUGCGGAGGCCUACAACUUAAGAUCAAGAACAAUAUACUCAUCUAAAAGCAGACCUUUCCAAACAAAAAAGCGAUCUGGUCGGAGGAGGAAAGACUCAGGGUAUGAACUCCUGUGCAUGCCUAAGAGGCAACCUGUCAAGUACCCUGGUGGUCUUGGUCCGCCGCCUAUUGAGCUGACUCCAGAGCAACUAGAAGCCAAGAAGGCGAUGAACCGGAGGAUUGCUGAGCUUGGACUUGAAUACUACAAUACCAACAAUGCUCUCCAUGGUGGGGAUGGUGCUGCUACCUUUGAGCUGGUGGAAACUAGGGAAUACACCACAUUCACACUACGCAUGACAUCAAUUCUGAUGGCCCAUGCCAACUUCACUGCCAAGCCCGUGCACUCAAAUGGACCCAUCAUGCUCUUCUUUACUGAACUCUCAUGUACAGAUAAACCAAAGAAACCUUUUGUAGCGACUAACACUACUGUUCACCGCUGCCACUUGCUUGGCCGUGAUUGUGAAGUUAAUACAGGUUCUAAUGGUUGUCUUGCCUGUGACCGGCCAAGUCUUCAUCACCCUCUUGAUAAAGACUUUGAUGUUGGUUAUCGGAUUCAUUACCUCUAAUAAGCCCAUUGUUAAUUAGUGUAAGCCCAUCGGUAGGCCCUUUUCGCCUUAACUAUGCCACUGCUCAGUUAUCAUCAUGUACUCGAAUCAUUUUAAAACCGUUCAGUAUGUACUUGUGACCUAUUUGGGGUGUAUUGAAGCCUCUAUCUAUUGUGCUAAAAGCAAAUAUGCAAUAAGUGCAGCAUGUUCCUGCCACUCCCUAUUUGUUAUUCUUUUUUUAACUGUUGUAUUUAUACUUCUUAUCUUUUUAUUGCUACUUGGUUAUACACUUC